UAAAUCGUAUUUUUAAACUAUAUAUUAAAAGGGCAGUUUAUUUAGCUGAUUUAACUUAAUCCUUGCUUUCACAUUAAACUUUACAAGUGAGCUUAGCGGCUAACUAGCGUGCUAUAAUGAUAUUUGUUUUUAGCUGUAAUCUGGUUUCACGCGAUUAAAUAUUACUUUGAGACGCGGAUUUAUUGCAGUGUAAAUGUAUCCGAUUUCAGUAAAUCGUUGUUAAGCCGUCGCGGUUUGUGAGCUCUGACCGUGAUGAAGUUUAAUGGCGGUAGCCUGUGGUGUUGUGGCUGUAGCUGUGCUUUAGCAGAACGGUAGGCCAUGUUGUCUCUUCGAGCUAAGAGCGUGCGCUCCGAGCUCCGUCAUUAGCUCUAGCGUCAUCAUUCACUGCUCUGCGGCCUCGAGCACUGGGACAAGUUUACAUGCGACACUAACAGGAGUUUAUUUUCGUUAUCCCGAGCGGUCCGGGCUGUUGGUUAUAUAAGAUGGGGGACGCCUUUCCCGGGCUUUUCCCGAGCUGGCUCUGUAAUGGCCAGAUCCCUCCUGGUUUGUGCUGACCAAAAGGGUCCCAACUCUCCUUUUUUUUUUUUUUUUUUAAAUUCUGAGAAAGCGGUGCUCCUAGAGCAGCGCUAAGUUUCACUUAAACGGGAAGACGGAAGUCGUCAGGCUGGAGUGUGUCCUGAUGGCUGAGUCAGAGACUGAGUGUGACACACCAGGCCUUGACACGCUGGGGUCUGAGUGUGUCAUAACUCACACGCAAGUCGGUGACUUGCACUAUGCAGCGGAGACUGAGAUUAUGACUCAAGAGGACAAAAGGCUUGAUCUGGAAGCCAUUCAUGGAGAUCUUGGGGCAGUGACUUGUGUUGAUACGGUAACGGAGACAGACCACGAUUACAUUAAGUCUGAGGUACAUGACCCACAGUACUUUGGAGGUGCGGACAUGAAAGGCAAUGAGGCUCUGCUUGGUGAAAUGCUGCUGAAGACUGAGAUGGGUGGAGCUGGUGCAGAGCAUGUUGUGAAGGUUGAGUCAGACCAUGGAGGUGAGCUCACAGUGGAGUCAGAGAACGGAGUCAUCAUUCAUGAAGCCCAGGGUCUUCAGUGCAAUGAGUGCGGCGAGAUAUUCGGCAGCAUGACUGAUCUGCAUCAACACUUUGAUAUCCAUAAAGCAACCCAUCCUUACAUCUGUAUCCAGUGUGGCGAGAGCUUUGCUGUGGAAACUAGUCUGAGAGGGCAUAUGAAAAUACACAUGAAGGAGAAGGGCUAUGCCGCCACUGGUGUGGAGAUGGUUGGUAAAGGGGUCAUUGAUGCAUUCAACCUCAAACCACAUCAGAUGAUGCACUCCCCUGAAAAGCCCCACAGAUGCUCUGAAUGCGGGAAGAGCUUUGCUGCAGCCAUCACGCUUAGAGAGCAUAUGAAAAUGCAUUCUGAUGACAAACCUUACAAAUGUACUCAGUGCAGGAAGAGUUUUGUUCGCAGGCGCCAUCUAAAGAAACACCAGGAACUACAUGCUCGUGAGAAGCCAUUUACCUGCCCUCAGUGUGGGAAAGGCUUUGCUACGGCUUCCAAUUUGAAACAGCAUCAGAAGACCCAUGCUGGUGACAAGCCACAUCGAUGCACACAGUGUGGCAAGUGUUUUGCAGCAGCAGCCACUUUGAGAGAACACCAGCGAAUCCACUCUGGUGAGAAACCCUAUAAAUGUAACAAUUGCAGGAAGAGCUUUGUAAGAAAACGUCACUUGAAGAAGCACCAGCUGGUGCACCAGGGUGGCAAGCCCUACCGAUGCUCUCAGUGCGACAAAGGUUUCAAUCACUCCUCGUCGCUGUCAAGACACCACAAAGUCCAUCUGGAGGCCAAAUUGUAUGCCCAGCCUGAUAAGGAGUUCCCCUUCACUACUCCCAUUAAGAGGGAAAUGCAUGCAGGUGAAAAGCCAUAUAGCUGCAACCACUGUGAGAAGAGCUUCAAUCACUCUUCGUCGCUGUCCAGACACCAGAGAACUCAUUCAGAUGGGAAGCUAUACACUUGUGCCCACUGUGGCAAGACGUUUACUCAUUCCUCUUCUCUUGCAAGACACCAACGUGUCCAUUUGGUGGAUGAGAAGAUCUCUUAUAGUGCUAUUCCCACAGGAAAGGGAUUUCCUCCUACUACCAUCCUGAAACAGAGGAUUCUGCAGAGUGACAAACCAUACAGGUGUUCUCAGUGUGGAAAGGGUUUCAAUCACUCCUCCUCGCUCUCAAGGCACCACAGAAUUCACGUCGAUCAGGAAGUUCAGCACUAAAGUGGCUGUUGUAUUUUGCAGUGUGUCCAUUGUUCGUUUCAGGCCAAUCUUAAAUCAUUCUUGUCUUUAUAGAACUAGAAUAGAAAGGAAAAUCUCAAGUUUCUUCUGGGGUUAUGGACAGAUCUUGAAGCUAUAUUAAACUUCUGGUUAAAUCCUAUACGUUUUUAAGAGCGAUGAAACUUCAAUAACUGGUAUGAUUGACAUUGAGCUGAUGCUGAUCCUGUGCAAUGUGCAUAUAGAGCUUGCUGCUUUUAAUUUCACACCUGUAUGAUAAAUGUAGCAAUUUCAUGCUUAACAAGCAGGCCAGUUAUGCUCUUGCUCAUAACCUUGGAAAGAAAUUGGGGUCAAUAGCUUCAGAGCCUGUUUUGAGCUUUAGACCAUGAAUUUGGUGACCAAGUAAAGUUUUGGGGAGACUGGAGGAACCCACCGCUCACCCGCAAAGUCAUAUAUCAUUACCUAUUGUGUCUUCAUGGUCUGUUCAGAUACUAUCAUUUGUAAAUAAGUGUUUAAUUUUUUAUAUACAUAUGUAUAGAUGCGUGUGCGGUUCUUUUACAUGAGGGUUUUUUUUUUUGGUAUGGCCCAGUCUGUCUUAACCAUUUAUUUUGAAAAUAGGAUGGUGCUUGAAAGUUUUCCUGCCUCCAGGCAAGGUGUUAGCAAAGGUGCAAGUCUGCAUAAAAUUUCAGUUACUUAGUCGCCAUUGCUUUCUGCAGCAAUUAAAAUCGGUUGACCCAGGGGUCAAGUUAACCGAACUGGAGGGUUAUAUUGUAAGAUGCUUUCAGUGAGCUUGUGAUCAGGCAGCUUAAUAUUUAAAAUAAGCUGCAAAAAAAAAAACCUUGGGCGCAUUUUUUUUUUUCUCCUUUUGAAUUGUCUGACUUAUUGACUGACUUCAGAAUACCUAGUUUGACAGAUUAUAAAUCAUUGUAUACUUACAAUUCAGUGUAAUUUGAUCUAAAUGUUCCCUCUAAAGCAUUGCUUAACUAGUCCCCUUUGGUACUCUACAACUUGUUACUAAUGGGUAAAUUGUGCAUAUUUGCAUUCGAAUCUAAUGUGAUCGUGAUAGAACUAGUUCAGACAUCCAUAUAUAAUCUCUAGUUAACAUUCUGAAUACAUGCAGCAAAAUAUCAAUUUAGUGUAAUAGAUUGUAAUUAUCAGUACAAUAAAGUAGCUUGCUAUUUCAGAAUUCCAUGAAGAUACACUUUCUACUUAAAGUACUGUGUAUGGGGAAGAUCUUUUACAUACUGAUGUAUUUUUUUAAUAUGGUUUGGGUAAUCUGAAAGGGAAAAGAGGAAUACUGUUUUUAUGGGAUUGAACAUUAUAUUGAAUUUCUUUUUGACUAAUUGUGCUUCAACUCCAUAGCAUAGGCUUUUUCAUUGUGUUAGAUAGGUGCCUUAUUGCAUGCUGUGUAGAAAAUGUAUGUUGAGCUGUAAUAGAAGAAAAAGGUUUGGCUCUUCUCCCUAUGUUUGCAUACUAACUAACAUUUUACUUUUGACUUUAGGUAACUUUUUUUUUUUUUUUUUGGCUUUUCUGUAUAUGAAUAUAUGUUUAUGCUGUUUUUUAUUUCCCUGUCCAUCAGCUGGUCUCAUUGUAGAAAACCUAAAGGUAAAAAAAGUUACAACACCUUUGAUCCAUAUUUUGAUUGCCCUCUUAAGUGGUCAGAUCUUGUUCCAUGUCUUUAUCCCAUCUUUGAGUGGCACACAUGGAUAAAUAAAGGUUCUUGACUACC